AUGGUGGUUGAACAUGAACUGCUGCAGCUUGUGCGGGCAACUCUGCCAGCUGAAUAUGACCUCGGAGACGUCGAGAUGCACAGAUCGGCUCAAAAGAAGUACCGCGUUGGUCUGAAGGCAAGGCACAGCAGUCAGCCGUUACUUCAGUGGUACAGCAGCACCAUCACCACGAAGUGUGCACGCGGCAGAAACAGAGACGCCGAGUCCCGAGCUUUGGGAAGCAUCAAUAGAGAAACAUGGCUAGACCUCGCUGGAAAGACUUCCCAGCGUGCAGCGGUCCAGACACCACCCCCGCGAGUUAUACCGGCCGUUAGAUCGGCCUGUCCUGCACCUGGUUCGCUACGAGAACCUGGCGCUGGCGGCGCGGAGAGAUUGCGAAGUGCAGGGUGUGGCGGUGCAAGAGAGGGCAGCGGACGGCCAAAAGGAGCACUGGGAAAAGCAGCCCGGCGAGAAAGAGCUGUGCAGCUGCGCGAGGAACUCGUGAACGCCUUUCCGGACGCACUCAACCUGAGCCCGGGGAAGCUGCAAGAAACGCUGCAGGCGUGGAAGGAGUUUGAACCUGAGUGGUCCGAGGAGGCGAUGAAGAAGUACUUGAAGAAGGGAACCUACAGCAAGUCCCAAGCGAGGAAGAAGAUCAAGCUCGCACGCGAUGCAGAACUCAAAGCAACUGCGGGUAAGGCGGCGGCGAAGACGUGA